CCACAGUGUCACCUGUGGGAUGCGGUGCAAUCGCUGAUCCCACCACCCGGGGUGACCCCAACUAAUGCACGCACGUGGGGCUCGAAGCGGACAGUCUGUGGUGUCUGUAUGCGAGUGGCCACUGACUGGUGACUGGCCCUUUAAGAAGACCUGGGCGAGGGAAAGGGUCCAGGCCGCCCAAAACCCUGGAAAAUGGCGGCUCCCAGGGGAACUUCAGCGGCACCUUCGCCACCCACGUGACCGGAGAGCGCGCUCGGCGCCCUCUGGGCCCGCCCACCCGCGGUCGCCUCGGCGCUACGAUUGGCAGCGGGGGCCCGGCAGCGGGCUGUGAUUGGCGGCAGAUGGCGCGAAGGGCGCGCGGCGCUGGAGCCGCACGCAGCGGGCAGGAAACAAUAGAGCGGCGGCUGGCGGGGACGGAGGGAGGCGAGGAGCCGGCUGGCCGCACCGCCUGCACCGGCGCCAUGGCGGACAAGGAGGCAGCCUUUGACGAUGCGGUGGAGGAGCGUGUGAUCAAUGAGGAAUAUAAAAUUUGGAAAAAGAACACUCCUUUCUUGUAUGAUCUGGUAAUGACCCAUGCUCUGGAGUGGCCCAGCUUGACUGCUCAGUGGCUUCCUGAUGUAACAAGACCUGAAGGCAAAGAUUUCAGUAUUCACCGACUAGUCCUGGGGACCCACACUUCAGAUGAACAAAACCAUCUUGUGAUAGCUAGUGUUCAGCUGCCCAAUGAUGAUGCACAGUUUGAUGCUUCACACUAUGAUAGUGAGAAAGGAGAGUUUGGAGGCUUUGGCUCUGUUAGUGGGAAAAUUGAAAUUGAAAUCAAGAUCAACCAUGAAGGAGAAGUGAACAGAGCACGCUACAUGCCCCAAAAUCCAUGCAUCAUUGCCACAAAAACUCCAUCCAGUGAUGUCCUGGUCUUUGACUACACCAAACACCCCUCUAAACCAGACCCUUCUGGAGAGUGUAACCCUGAUCUGCGUCUUCGUGGACACCAAAAGGAAGGCUAUGGACUAUCAUGGAAUCCAAAUCUGAGUGGGCAUUUGCUUAGUGCUUCUGAUGAUCACACCAUCUGCUUGUGGGAUAUUAGCGCUGUUCCAAAGGAAGGUAAAGUGGUGGAUGCAAAGACCAUCUUUACAGGGCACACAGCAGUAGUGGAAGAUGUAUCUUGGCACCUGCUCCAUGAAUCUCUUUUUGGAUCUGUUGCUGAUGAUCAGAAGCUCAUGAUUUGGGACACCCGGUCAAACAACACCUCCAAGCCCAGCCACUCUGUGGAUGCUCACACAGCUGAAGUGAACUGCCUCUCUUUCAAUCCCUAUAGUGAGUUUAUUCUGGCUACAGGAUCAGCUGAUAAGACUGUUGCUUUAUGGGAUCUGAGAAACCUAAAACUGAAGCUGCACUCUUUUGAAUCUCAUAAAGAUGAAAUAUUUCAGGUUCAGUGGUCUCCUCAUAAUGAGACUAUUUUGGCCUCCAGUGGUACUGACCGCAGGCUAAAUGUCUGGGACUUGAGUAAAAUUGGAGAAGAGCAGUCCCCUGAAGAUGCAGAGGAUGGCCCACCAGAGCUGUUGUUUAUUCAUGGUGGUCACACUGCAAAGAUAUCUGAUUUCUCCUGGAAUCCCAAUGAACCCUGGGUAAUUUGUUCUGUAUCAGAAGACAAUAUUAUGCAAGUCUGGCAAAUGGCUGAGAACAUAUAUAAUGAUGAAGACCCUGAAGGAAGUGUGGAUCCAGAAGGUCAAGGGUCCUAGAUGACUGACCUUUUACUGUUUUUAUAGUCCUCUUUCCCUCUCUUCCCUUCCAGCCCUUAUAUUGAUUUAACACUGGUUUUGAAACACACAUAGACUUUGUGUUCAGCCUUCCUUAUGUAGAUACCAUCAACAAUGCUUUUAACUCCAACAGUGAGGACCCUAACUUAAGGGCUUGGCCCAACUGAGCUGGUACUGUGCUAUAGCUCCUUGUUUAAAUUUCCUACAGAAGUUGAUUGUGUAUUGAGCUGGCCUAAGAUGCCUUCAUGAAGUGGAAAAAAAACUCACUUGUUUUUCUCUCUUCUGCUUAUAUGCUACAGCUGCAGGUUUUCUGGUUAACCUUAACCAAGGUUUGAGGGGUGGAGCCACCUAAGUGUGUGCCUGAGAUGAUGCAGUUCAGAUGUUGCAAGGGGUUUUAAUCUGUGAGCUGUUGAUAAGUGGAGAGUGGUGUCUUUUUUUUUUUUUUGUCCUCUUUGGUAAAACUCAGAAUAUCGGGAUCAUUUUAGUCUGUGUGCCAGUAUUUUCAAGUGCAGAUUCUGACUUCAACCAGAACUAGCGUUCUUUCCUAAAUUCUGGGUUUUCACUUUCUCUUCCCCGUUUGGUGGGCAACACAGAAUUUUGGAUACAGUAGCUAUUCCUGCAGAUCAUUGUUCACCACCAUGUAGUUUGCUCUAUUGUGUGUUCUGGAGCUGUUUUCAUAUUUUCUUUCCUUUCUGUGAAAUGGUUUUUAAAACUUGGGACCACCAAGUUGUAAAGUUGUAUGUUUUUACCUGACUGAUGUACCACAGAUGGCAUGCCCAGUAAUCUGAAAACACCAUUUGGUAGCUGGUAUAUGUAAAACAAAAUAUUAACUAAAUGUGGAUGAGCAAAUUUUUUUUUUUUUAAGGAGUUAGUCCUUGACCACUAGCUUCUGCACAUUUCCCACUAGGGUGACCUGUUCCACCAGUAGGCUGUUACUCUCCAUGACUAAUUAUGUGUAAGUGCUUCAGAUGGAAUAAAUUUGUUUUUCUACAUAAA